GUUCUUUUGUAAGAUGGGCUCUUAACUUAGAUAGCACUUACAACGCUCCUGUCCCAAACAGCUGAAGUUUCAGGCUGCUGUGCCUCAGGUGAUCUCAGGAAAAAGGUUCUCAACUUGAAGAAUAUCUGGCUUGGAAUGCAGGAUCAGGCCUGGUCAGGUCUGCUAUUGGGGACCUGUCUCCCUGCUUCCUUUCUGUACGAAGAAUAUGGAAAGAGCUUGCUGAUGCCUGGAAGACAACUAGAUGAACAAAGUUCUACUCAGUAGACCCCGGGUUUGACGAAGAGACUUCCAGUGUGUUCUAGGCAGGGGAACACUGAAACUUCUGCACCCAGCCUAUCUCUCCAACUACAGGCUGAGCUUCGAUCUUUAUCUAUUCCUGGAACAUACCAAGAGAAGAUUACUCACCUGGGGAACUCUCUGAUGCGUUUGACAUCUCUAAAAUCCUUGGAUCUCUCACGUAACUCCUUAGUUAGUCUUGAGGGCAUUCAGCAUCUGGUCUUCUUGGAGAGUCUCAAUCUCUACUACAACUGUAUUUCUUCAUUAGCAGAAGUAUUUAAGCUCCACUCCCUAACGGAGCUCCAGGAUGUGGACUUCCGGCUUAACCCUGUCGUGAAAAAUGAGUCUGACUAUCGCCUCUUUGUUGUGCACAUGCUCCCUAAGCUCCGACAGCUGGAUGACCGUCCUGUGAGAGAGAGUGAGCGAAAGGCUUCUCAGCUUCAUUUUGCUUCAGAGAAUUCACUGGACUCAAAGCAGAGCUUCUCGGCUGCUGUAACAGCUGGAAGACCACACCACUCCAGAACCAGAUGUGCUGAUACUUCAGCUAAGAAAUGCUUAGUUAUGGAUGCUGAUGAUGAGGCUGUCCUGAACCUCAUUGCUGAGUGCGAGUGGGACCUGAGCAAUCCUCCUGGGAGCACGAGCUCCAGCCAGAAGGAACACGAGGCUGACCUCCAUUAUGCCCAAGAGCCUGGACAUCUGUUGAGUCCUUUGUCCAUCCAGCACCAGUGUGGGGACUCAGUGAGGAGAGGCCACGAGAAGAAGAAAGGCAACCCCAGAGGGUGCUGUUCGGGCCAUUUAUCUCAGGACCAUCUCUGUGGGGAGCUCGCCCCACAGCAUGGAGUGCCAGAGGCCUUCCAUGUGAACAUGCAGCAAGCCCGCUUCACUGCACACCCAGACUCUGUGGAUGUUGAGGACUGUGGUUCAUCUUCUCAGAAGUCAAGUUUGUCAUCACAAAAUAUAUUAAAUCCUUUGCCUGUUCCUGAGAAGUACAGAAAGCGAAGGAUGCCUGGUGGGAGAUUCCAGGUGCCUUCAGACCGGGAGUGUCUGAGCUGCUUAGAGAGGCCUGAUGGGCCCUCCAGCCUCGAGGACAGUCUGAGCAUACAGGAUGGCUUGGAGAGCCACAGUCAGGUGACCAUGUCCCAUCCUGAGGCUUUGGAGGCUGAAGAGCAGACGUCUCAUGGCACAAGUGACCCCAGAGUGCUGUCUCCUAAACUCUGCUCAGCGGUGGUGCCUGAGCAGAGGCCUGCUCUGGAAGUGGCACUCCUGGAGGCGCUCCUCGACCUAAUAGACAGGUGUGCAAGCGGCAGUGGGUCCCUGCAUGGCAAUGAGGCGUUCCUUGCUCAGGCCAGACAUGUUUUGGCAUCUCUUCAAGAGUUCACAGUGGCUCGGGACAGUUCAGCACUUGAAAAAGAAGGAACUAGUUACCUGUCUCUUGAAAAUAAGUCCCUGCAAAGCCGCCUUGCUGAGCAGCAGCAACAGUACACUGCCAUAGUGAACAAGGUGACGGCAGAGCUCAACAAUUCGAAGAGGGAGCUGGACACAUUGAGACAACAUUUAGACAAAUCUUUGGAAGAGAAUAGUAACUUAAAAUCUCUUCUGUUCAACGUGAAAAAAGAAGUAAAAAACUCAGAUACUUCAACUGCAUUAACUUUGCAGAUCACUGGACUUCAGGCAAGUAUGAAGCAGCUCUCAGGGGAAGUUGUGGAGCUAAAGCAGCACUUGGAGCACUAUGAUAAGAUCCAAGAGCUCACACAGAUGUUACAAGAGAGCCACAGUUCCCUGGUCAGUACGAAUGAACAUCUCCUGCAGGAGUUGGGCCGUACCCGGGCACAACACAGAGCUGAGGUAGAGCAGAUGCACUGGAGCUUCCAGGAGUUUAAGAAGACCACUGCCCUGUUCCCGCGCCAUAGUUCCCGCCUCGGUGGCCGCCAGUCCUGCUAGCUGUUCUCUCCUUCAUCAGCUACAGCUCCAGAGUUGCACCUGGGCAUGCAUCUAUCUGCAUUCCUGGAGAGACUGUAAUGACCUUAGGGUCCUUCAGAUGUGUUCAUGGUCUCUGGAGAGACUGUAAUGACCUUAGGGUCCUCCAGAUGUGUUCAUGGUCUGAAGUUCAGCUUGCUUAAUGUGUCCUAAUGUGGUAAAGUCAACCCUGGGGCUUUGCCAUAUUUGAAACACAUCCUGUUUUAAAGUAGUAUUUUCCUAAUUCAUGAAAGUUUUAUAUAAUUAAAAUAAGUUUUCAUGUGACAAGCAGUCCUUAUUUAAAGAACUAUUAAUAUUGUUAUGUUUAAGAAGUAAACAUUUUACAUGGCUCUUUAUAAAUUAUAACUCAUUUUCUCAUUUAAUUCUUCAAUAAAACAAGUUACAUACAAUAAGUAACAGUAAGAAAUAAGUUCCAAGUUGUAAUACAAAUAGCACUUAUAAAUAUGAAAAACACUUUAAGAAUUUGUAUAAUGUUAACAUGUCAUAGUUAAAAAAAAAAUCUCCCCACUCCCUACCUCACCCUUUGCUUGCAAUAACUGCAAAUAAGCAGACUAUUCAGCCAAAAGCGAGGGGAAUAAUUAAAUAUACACUGUACAAAAUGAAACCCAGAUAACUGGAUAUGUGAAGGGUGCUCAUUAGAAAAGGCAAAGUUGAUCCACCAGGAAAAUGCUCCUUCUGGUGUGAAGCCCGUGCAGACAGAGCUGGUGCUGCCGAGUACGGUCACUCUGGGGACUGCUGGGGUGUCUAGAAAAGCUAUUGUGAAUGUGCUGAAGGAAACAUGAACAUAGUGGAAGUAAAGCCUCACUAAGAAAGGAUUCUGAAUAUCUGAAAGUUUUUAAGCAUUGUCUUGGUGUCUAAAUAUUAACACUUGGACUAGGAGUGCUUCUCCAUGUAGAGCGCCUGCCGGACAUACAGGAGGCUCUGAAGGGGGCAAAUAAAAACAUGAAGCACAGGAAGAUCUA